UUCUAUGAUAUUUUUUUCACUUUAAAGAAAUUUAAUCUUAAAAUGCGUUGCUCUAAUAGACAUCAGUUUUUUUUGGUGGUUUUAAUUGUUUGCCUUAUUCAUUUCAUUUAAACGUCUCAAUUCAACAGGCAGUUGGUUGUAGUUCAAGUAACCUAAUACGACAGUUUUUGAUCAUGACACUGAACAAUUCAGCUUCCAAAGUAACACUGGUUUCUUUAAAAUUUCAUAUACGCAUUCGUAAUAGGUCAUAACCUGCACAAAAUCUACUUACGAAGUUUUCUAUUGAUAACCUUUAACUAUCUAACAUUAACGACUAUAAAACAUUAUGAUAAGUCGAACCGCAAGUCUAUUUGUUAAGAUGAAGUGUCAAUUCUGAUUUUGAUUUCGUGCGAAACUAAAUACACAAAAAAAACAAAAACAAAUAAGGUCAUUCUGUAUUAAAAUGUACUAGUCCAUUUUGUUUUACGCUUUUUACUCCCUUCAAUUAUUCUGUUAAUGUUAGUUAUUUUCACCAUAAUUUAAUCCAACAAUUUUUGCUUGACAAAAAAUUACUGCAAAUGAUUACACAUUAACCGUACAAAAUAUUACUCACAGUACAAUGACUAUUAUUCUAUAAAAGAGUAAAUUUUUAUUAAGGUCAUUAAGAAAUUGAUAGAAUGUUUUCUUGUUGUUUCUAUGAAAAAAAAUUGCAGUAGGUAAUUUUGUUUUUGAUCCAUUCAUACUUACUAGUAAACAUCAUAGUAUUUCUUUACUAUUUCAAUGGACAAAUGAGCAAAAAAAAGCACACAUACACUUAGGUUACACCCAUUUCCCUUUAGGGUACCUUUAGUAUUUUUCUAGUACCCUUUCUGUCUCUCGUUCAGUAACAACAGUGUUUUUUUUUCAAAUAAUAGUUUGAUACAAACUAAUCAGCCAUUUAAUUUAUUUACGCUUGUUAAUUAUUUUUUGGCUGUGUUACAAUUAAUGCAAUUUUAUUUUAGAUUAAAAUAGGCGAGAGAAACACAGAAAGAGAGAGAGAGAAAGGAAAUAAAAUUAAAAUUUGUCCUUAUACCAUUUCAGUUGAUCUGUCGGUGUUUUCUUAUUACUAUCCUUUUGAUAUAAUAGGUCAGUUAACAAAAAAAAUAUAUAACGAGUAAAUAAACAGAACUAUCAUAUGAUGAACAAUGAAAAACCUUAUUAAUUGUGACGUAAAUUUCUAUGAAUAUACAUUAUAUAUAUCUUUUUUCUUAUCAACAUUCAGAGGAUAAAGUUACGCGAAUGUAAUUAAAAACACUAAAAAAAACUCUUAUCCGCAAUGAAUCCAGAUGAAGAAAUAAGUCUUGAUAGUUUUUUUCAAAUGGCUGGAAUGGAUUCAUCUCAAUUAGAAGCAUUAUGUUGCCCAAUAUCAUCAACACCAGCAUGUACACCAGAUGAUGUACAUAUUUCUUUGGCUGAGAAGAAUUCUCCAUUUACGCAUCAAAUUCAAUUAACUGAUACAGAAGAAACAAUUAAUCAUAUAAAAGCACGUUAUGAAGCAGAAAUAGCAAAUUAUAAAAAAAAAUUAUCCAGUUAUCAAGAUGGACAACAAAAGCAAGCUCAGCUUAUACAAAAAUUACAAGCAAAAGUAAUGCAGUAUAAAAAAAGCAGCUCAGAUUUGGAACUUGAGGUUGAACAACUAAAAGCUGAACUUGAAACAUCAAAUAAAGUGCUUCAAACCACCACAGAAACUUUAAAUUCUCGUAUUGAUGUAGCUGAGACAAGAGCAAGAGCUCUUGAACAAGAACGUUCUUAUGAUAUGGAAAAUACUGUAAAUAAAUUACAUGAAGAACAACAAAGAUCUAACGAAUUAUCUAGAGAAAAUGAAUUAUUACGUGAUCAAUUAGAACAAGCAAUACAAGCUAAUCAAGGUUUAAGUCAAGAUGUUGCACGUUUAACAUUAGCCUGGAGACAUGCAGCUCAACAAUUAGAUAAACGUGAAUCAGAAUGGCGUGAAGAAGAAAGCGCAUUUAAUGAUUAUUUUGCUGCUGAACAUAGUCGUUUAUUAUCUUUAUGGAGAGCUGUUGUUGCCCUUCGACGUCAAUUUGCUGAUUUAAGACAACAAACUGAUAAAGAUUUAACAAAUACCCGUACAGAAUUUACUCGAUACAUAGGGAACAUUCAAUCAGCAUGUAAUAAUUUGGAAGCAAAUAUACGCACAGCUGAAGCACAGAAUCAAGCUAGUCAAGUAAAAACAUCUAGCUUCAUUGAAGCAGAUAUGGCAAAUCGUAUACAAGGUUUGACUGAAUCUUUGGCACGUAGUCAAGCACGUUUGGCCGAAACAGAAACGAAGCUUACUGAUGUUAUGACUGCGAAAGAACGGCUUGCCACUCAGCUUGCUGAAAGAGAUCGAAUACUCACUACAAUGAAACAAUUACAUUCAAAUUUUGACAUAGAUUCAUCAUUAAUUAAAAAUUCCAAAUCCUAUAAACGUGGUAAACGUUUGCAUGAUGUGCUGGAUAGUACAACAGCUGAUAUUAAUAAACAUAAUGAUGAUUUAUUAGAAUUCGAAGACGAAGAUGAUCAUUUGAAAGCAACUAAACGUUUAAUUGAACAUACCCAUGUUAUGCAUCAUGCAUUAAGUCAAAUAGCCCAGUUAAUCAUUUGGGAUGCGACGAUUGCUGAUACAGAUGAAGCACAAGAACCUAUUCUCAAUCUACAAAAUCCUGACUGGUCUUCUACACGUAUCAUUCCAUAUUCAAUAGAAUCAAAACAACCAGUUUCUGAUUUGUCACCAAACAGUAAAGUACAAAAUGAAGAAAGUGAUAUAAAUCAACAAGGAAAUAAAAUUUAUUACAUUAAACCAGAAGAUAUUUCAUCAUUACGCCGGCUUGCACAUUCAAAAUAUCAAGCUGGUUCAAGUUUACAUUUAGCUGAAUCAACAGUUAAUGCUGUGCAAAGUGCCUUAAAUAGACGUGCUACUCAUGUUCAUCGUCUUAGACUUCGAAGUUCUGGACUGAAAGAGCAAUUAAAUAAUCUUACACGUCGCGGCGAAGAGUCAGAUGUGGAAAGAAAACGUCUGUCUGAACAGUUGGCACGGUUAAGAGAAGAAUUAGAAGUACAAAGUUUGGAAGUGGAUAAAUUAUCUAGGGAAAGAGAUAGAAUUAAACAAAGUUUAAGUUUAACCAAAGAGGAGCAUGAAAUGAGUGAAUCAGCAAGACAAAAUCUAAAUGAACAUGUACGGGAAAUUGAAAGUGAAUUAGAUCGCCUUAAAACAUCUUUGCAUGAUAUGCGAAAACAACGCGAUGAAGCAAUCUCAGAACGUGAUAAUUUACAAACUGAACAAGGUCGUACACUUCGUGAAUUAGAUGCUAUACAAAAAACAUUAGGUAGUACAGAACAACGUGUUGUAAACUUUCGAGAAGAAUUGGCUACAAUCCGUGAACAGUUAAGACGUGUUGAAUUAGAAAAAGAAAUAUUAGACCAGGAGAAAAAUGACGCAAUUACAGCGGCUGGUAAAAUUCAAGCUAAAAUUGACGAAUUAAAUGAAGACCUCAACCAAGCGCAUAAUAGAGAAAACCAGUAUAAAUCAAGAAUCGCUAGACUAGAAACAGUCCUUGAGUCACAAGAGCAUGAUGCUGAGCAAUUAACCCAUCAAAUCUCUUUAACACAUGCUAAAGAAUCUCGUUUAGCCGAAGAAAGAGCCAAUCUUCGGGUAGAAUUACAAGAACAAAGAGAUAAAAUAGAAAAAUUAUAUUCUGAAAAAUCCUUAACACAAUCUGAAUUAGAACAAGCACGAGAAUCUACAAUGCGCGCCGAGACAGCUAGAUCACGACUAGAAGCUGAAUUGGGUGACUUGGCUCGAGAAAGGAUGACACUUACAGAAUCAUUAUCUGAGGCUCAGAGACAAAAGGCAUCUUUAAUGGAAGACGUAUCAACAUUCCGCAGAGAUUCUGAACGUCAGGAAGCCUUAAUCAUGAGACUAACAAACGAAAAAGAAGCUAUAUCAAGACAUAAAGCAGAAUUACUUCUUCAGUUAUCAAUUAUUGAACGAGAUAAUCGACAUCUUACAGAAAUAAUUAAUACAUUGAAAUCAGAGAAAGAAAACUUAGAAUCUAGUUUAUUUGAUAUGCAACAAACAAUUGAACAAUUAUAUUAUAAACAAUCUCAAUUAGAAAGAGAUGUAUCAGAUUUAAAAAAUCGUCGAGAUGAAUUACAAGCUGAACUAUGUCGUGCUCAUAGUAAUUUUCAAAUUGAACUAGAAAAAUCUGAACGUAAUAGUAAAAAAGUAGGUGAUCAACUGACAAAUGAAUUAGAAGAUUUACGUAUAGCAUUAAUAAAUGCUGAAAAACGUGCUGAAGAAGCUGAAAAGGCAUGUUUACAAGCUGUGGAAAGAGCAGAUCAAGCUGUAAAUCUUAUUGAUAAACAACAGCAUGUGGAUGUGGAACAAUUAGUUAAUAGAGAAUAUGAAUUACGUAGUUCUGCUGAAGAAAUGAAUAGACUUACUAAAGAAUUAUUAACUGCUCAAAGGGAAAGAGAUGAAGCUCGUUUACUUGGAGAACGAGAACGCCAACGUGAACUAUCCAGAGCAACAGAAGAAAAAGUUGGCCUUCAAGAGAAAGUUAAUGCUUUACAAGAAACUAUUACUGAAUUACAGAUCACACUAGAGAGAACACAGAAGGAUGCAAGUGUUCGAGAAGAUCGCGAGACGUCGGCAUUGAGAAAAGCUACUGAAGAGGUUAAGAGCUUUAGAAACCAAUUGCAAGAAGCAUGUUCUGAACAUGAAAGAGAAAACCGGGAAUUACGAAUGCGUAUACACAGUCUUGAAAGUCAAAAAGAUCAGUGGAGAAAAGAAGUAAGUGAACUUCAAAUAAAAAUUCGUUUGGCUGAAGAGGUUCGAGAUACUAAUCAUACAGAAUUAGUAGAUAGUACAUACCGUAUUCGUGCUUUGGAAGAAAUAAAUGAUUCUUCAAGAAGAGAAUGCAGUGAACUAAGUCAAAAACUUGGUGAAUUGGAACGUGAGAAAAAUGCUAUAAAUCGUUCUAAUGAAGAAUUAAGAAAACAAUUGAAAUGUAUUGAAUUAGAACGUGUCGAUUUAGUUCGUAUGACUAAUUCACUAAAAUCUAAACUACAAGGCACUGAAAUGGAUCGAACAAGUUCAGAGAAACGUGUAGCUGACCUACAAGUUGGUUUGAAAGAAGCUACAAGUUUAGCAAAUGAAAGUAAACGUGAAAUUGUGGAAUUACGCGGUAAAUUACAAAGAGUUGAAUCCGAAAAUGUGAAAUUAACUGAAGAAAUCGAAGAGUUGAAAGCUCGAUUAAGAGAAAGCGUGAAUCAAGAAGAAAGUUUAAAACGUGAGAAAGUUUCACUAAAACAAAAAUUAAUGGAAAUUGAAUCAGCGAAAUCGACAUUGCAAUCUGAAUUAACUGAUUUAAAUCAUCAAAUGUCUGAACUAGAAGAAAUACUUCGUUCAAGAGAAAGAACAGCAAAUCAAGCUGCAGAAGAUUGGCAAAAAGAUUAUCAACGUUUAGUUGAAUCAAGGAAGAGUUUACAGUCGAAAUUGGACAAUUCAAAUAUAGUCAUCAGUGAACUUCGAACAUUAUUAGCUGAAUCACAAACUUGUAUCAAAGGAUUAGAAUCAGAAUUGAAUGAAACAUUGACUACACGUCAAGAAGCUGAGGCACGUUUAUCAGCAAUACAUAGUAUAUUAAGACGUUUAAUUGGUUUCCGUCAAUCUCAAUAUACUACUCAAUUACAAAAUGUGAAUAAGCAACAACAAAGACAACAAUUGAAUGAUAAUUUCGACUCUAGUUUAGCUGAACACAUAGAUGAACUGGACAAAUCACAUGAUGUUAAUUCACAAUGGGAUUAUGAUGGUUAUAUGAAGAAUACUUCUGGAAUAGAUUCAUUUGAACAGCAAAUCGAUGGUUUUAAUGAUUCAGAUUCUAAAAAAUUAAAAAUGAUGGCUGAAAAAGUAUUAAGUAGUCAACAAGACAUAAAACCUGAAGUAUUGUAUACAUUUAGAAGUGAACAAUUCCCAAAACCACGUGUCCGUGGUCGACGCCGAUAUGAAGCUUAUACUAAUUCCGAUCCAGAAUACACCCGACAAAGACGCGCUAAAUCGGCUUCACCAACAAGAGUAAACAGGUACGACGGAUUCGCCCUACGAUCAACAUCUACUGAAAGAGCUGAUCAACAGAGAUUAAUUGAUAGUACAUUUUAUUCAGGUGAUGAAAAUGGAUUAUUAUUCCAUCCUGAUUAUCUAACACAUUUAUCUGAUUGGUCUUACAAAUGGUUAGAUACUAUACGUUAUCAUAUGAACAGUUAUAGAACACAUGCUUUGCCAGGCUCCAAUUUAGAUCCAGGUGCUGUACGUUUAGCAUUAAGACGAUUUUUACGUCAUCUUGUAAAAAUUGAACGUGAACGAGAUGAUUUUGAUAUAAAAGCAAAAUUGAAUGAAGAAAAAGUUGUAGAAUACAGUCGACAAUUAAAUGAACGUGAAGAACAACUGAAUGAAAUGAAAACAAAUGUUAAUGAUAUGGAAAAAGGAAAAUUAGAAAUUAUGGAACAGUUGAAUAAAAUGAAAAAUACAAUUACAGAACAUGAAAAUGAAAUGUCCAAACGUGAAUAUCAAUAUACAACAUUGCAUAAUCAAAUCAAAUGUUUAGAACAACAAUUAAGUACAUGUGAAGCUGAGAAAAAUCAAUUACAGAUACGUCUAGAAAAGUCUAGAGCUGCAGAAAUUAAGUUAGAAGAAAAUAGACGAGAAUUAUUGCAUUCACUAGAGGAAGCAGAAACACGUUAUACACAAGCUGAAAUCGUUCGACGUCAACUGGAAGGUGAACUUCAACGGUGUCAAACUAUACUAAGUGAAUUAGAAAGUGAUAAAGAGAAUUUACAAUCCCGUUUAAAUGUGAGUGGACGUCAAGGUACCGAAAUGGAAAUGAAAAUAUACAAUCUUCAAAUCGAAUUAGAAAGAGCUACAAAUGCCUUAGAUCAAACAACUUUGUGUGUAGCUGAGUUACGUGAUCAGCUAACACGCGAAAAACUGGCUUAUGCAAAUUUACAACAAGAAUUAACUAGAACACAAGAACACAUGGAAGCAUCACAGAAACGCGAACUGAAUGCAGAACAAGAAAAACGCUUAUUACAGGAACGUUUAGAUAACAAUAAGAACUUGUUAAAUGAUACUAAAGUUCAAUUACAUGAAAUGAUGGAACGUGUACAAAAACUACAAAUGGAAACGACAGAUGCAGCUGCUAAACGUUCUGAAGUAGAAAUACAGCUAAAACAAUUAGAAAGAUUGUCAACAGAAUGUCAACAUACUAAUAAUGAAUUGCAAAUGAAGAUCAAUAAUAUACAGGUUGAAAAUGCUAAUCUAACUGAAAAAAAUGCCAACUUAUUAAGAAGUAUGAAUGAUGCAGGAAUACAAAAACAUGAAAUCGAUUGUGAAUUAACACGAGUAAGAAAAGAACAAAUUCAAUGGAAGAAAAUGGCAGAAAAAAUGGAAAGAGAACGUACAAAAGAACAAGAAUUAAAUAAUACAUUACGUAAUGAAAAUUCCGUAUUGAUGACAACUAUUCGUGGACUUGAAGAAGAAACAUUAAAUUUACGUCGAGAAAUACAAAAACUUCAAGUACAUAUGGCUCAACAAGACGAACAGUAUGCAGCUCAAUUAAUCGAAGUCAAUACAAAACAGCGUCAAGAAUUAGAAAAUGAGUUAGAUCGACAAAGAAACGCUCUAAAUGAUACACAAAAAACAUUACAACUCAAAGAACGUAGCUAUAAACAACGUAUACGUGGACUUGAAGACCAGAUUCAACAACUCAAAGAUCAACUAACUCAUGAAACAAGUAAACGUCAAUUACUUUACUUAAAGAAUCCAUCUUCUGUUAACCAAAGUCAGCCAAGUUUAACAAGUUAUGGAACUUCAGUAACUACAACAGGAUAUGAUUAUACUGAAAUGAAAUCUUCAAUAGAUAAUAAUCGUCAACAGGAUUCAUUCUUGGUGGGACUGUACAAGCCAACUACUGCACCAUCUAGAUAUGACCCAUACUACUACCAACUAACAGGCUCAAUACCUGCUAGACUGAACCGAUCAACGGGAUCAAAUUUAUUAAUAAAACCAAGAAGAUCAUUUAUUGAAUCAAGACCAUAUCAAUCAACGACAAAAAUAGAUAAAACAAACCCCUCGACCCAAUAUCAUAGUGAUGAAAGAAAUAGACAACGUCCUGAAGAAAACAUCACAACAAAUACAGAUAUUAGUCCGUUGGAGCAAUCUUCCCUACCUAGAACACCGAUUGCUGCUAGUCGUUCUACAUGGCAUGAGUCAAGAGAUAGUACAGCUACAAUAAACCGGAGUACAAGUGAUUCUACAAUACGUCCAAGAGAAGAUAAAUCAAAAGGUGACAACUAAGAGUAGUAGUAUCUGUAAUAUUUUGAGCCUAUAAAUUAUCAUUAUUUGAAGAAAAAAACAAAUCAAUUUCCUAUAUUAAAUUGGCCCGAAUACGAUAUGUGAAAUUAAUUGUUAAGUAUCCCUACUAUGUCUUUUAACUAAUUUAAUCAUUAUGAAACAAUCACUAUAAUGUGCACUAAAACCCUUUUUAUCCCAUCAGUACUACUACCAUUAAUUUUACUAACAUCUUUUCACCUUUUAAAGCUAAAUUGAUAUCGUUUUUGACAAAUAUAAACUCAAAGAGGAAGUAAUAGUGCAAAUAUAAUAAUUAUUACUUCUGUUAUUACUGUUAAUCUACGAAAAGUAUAUUUCACUAUUACGACACACGUUUAUGCACACAUUGCUUACAUCAGUGUGAAUAAAUUUAGUAAAUUGUAAACCAUAUUAAAUCACAUCACUUUGUAAUAUACCUUAAUCAGCUGAUCCAAUCCUGUCCUAAUAAAUUCUCUUAUAUUCAUACUUUCACUUCUAGUAAAUCAUAAAUUAUUCUAGUCUGAUUAUCAAUAUGCAAGUAAAAAAUGUUACCCCUAUACGGGAAGAAUAACUACACAAUAUCCAGUUGGCCCCCCUCCUAUGUCCUGUGUUUUCGCCCUUAAUUCUCCAAUUCCUCUUCUUCUUGUGGAACACGAACUGAGUUCAGCUCAUAUCCGCUACACGAACGUGUACAAAUGUGAAAUUACGAUUACUGAAAAAUCGUUGUACGAUACCUAUUUGUUUAGAGCUUUUUCUAAUAUUUGCCUAGUCAUUAUUUGGAAUUUGUUUUGAAAAUUCAUUAAAACACAAAAUCGUUUGAUCAAAUCUUGUUUUUUUUAAAUAUUCGAUUACCAAACAAGAGUCACUACACUUCAAGACAUUCUCAUUCACAUUUAAUUACAAACCAUCCUUGUAACGAACUAGGAUUUAAAUCUGUUGCAAAUAACUUCAUGUAAAACGUCGAGCAUCCGAAUACAUUCUGGUUAUACAAAGGUGAUGAGUUUGUUUAGAUUGCAGUAGUAUUACCAUAUCAAUGUAAAAUGUUCGCCUACUUAAAGACUAUUUAACGCUUCAUCAUUAAAAUUACUAAGUUCCUGAAAACCUCAUUUAGCCAGAUUACACACUCUUCACACAACUCGAUUGAGUUGUUUUUUUAGUGAAUUCAUUAUUAGCUAUGGAAUAGUGAUAUGGUCACUCGCCUCAACUGCCAAUACACAAGCUGAAAGGCAUCAAUUAUCAGACUCAGAACCCGGCAGUUUCAUUAUUACCCAUGAUAUCACAAAAUACACAUCGACAGGAAGAUAAAAAGUUUAUGGAAGAAAUAAUAACUUUUUUACUACAAGCCGAGUUCGUUUGUUCGUUGAUGGGCUAGUUAGAAAUAAAAUUAAAUCCCCUAAUGCUAAUUUUGAUAAAUAAAUGGGGUAAAUCUAUUAAGCGUGUGAGAAUAUAAAUUUUUAAGUCGAGCUUAGAAUUAGCAUCAGGGCAACAGAAGAUAAUAAGAUCUCAACAAAUAAGACUGAUUUUCUGGAACUGGCAAACAAGAUUUCAAAAGUCCUAGUUAUGGCCUAACUCUUUUGAGAACUAUUAAUACCGUCAACAAUUACCUUUGCAUUAAAAAACCUAGUAGCCAGUCAGUGGGAGAUGAAAUUUCGUCUCACGACUAGUAUCUUAAGGAAAAUUACCAUACUGAUUAACUUUUUUACUUUCUACAUGCAAAUCCUCCGAUUUCCCGAUCUUAUUCGUGUUGUAAGAAGCUUCGAGUUUAUUAGUUGAAAAUUAUAAGUGCGUAGUCAAACUUAACGGACAGUGGUCCAAAGCAUUUGCCAUAGGAAAUCAUAAUCACCAGUUCUGGAAAGUAAAAAAGGAUUUGAAGAAUCCAGCCCAUGUGUUAUAUUUAUUUAUUUACCACCUUAGAACUUCCAUGUGGUUUCGUUCUCACCCAAAUGGUGAAAAUGUAAUAAACAAGAAAAUUGAUGUAGAAUUUCGGCAACAAAGCACACAAAUUAAAAAAUAUACGUCCUAAUUAAUGCAAGACAAGUGAAUCCUGACAGCUACAACAUAAAUUUAAGCCACGGAUUUUAUAAAAAUGAAUAGAACCGCUUUUACGAUACUAGACUGAAGAAAAAAACAUUUAGGUGUAAACUACAAUACAGAUACUGGAAUGUCUCAACAGACAAGGUAUCUCGCGAAAAUCACUAAGACGUUCUUGUAAGCACAAUAGCAAGUUAACCAUCAUUUAUGGGAAAUACAUACCAGCUUGUUUCUUAUGAUCUGUACUCAACCCGUAAAUCUAUACUGCAUUAACUUGGUUUAUUACGUCAGUAGGCUUUACGGCAAAAAAAAAAAAAACAGGUGACAUAGUACGCUCUUUCAAGCGUGUGAUAUCAGUACAUUAAAUCUAAUUAACCACCUCACACAGGUACAGAUUAGAUUUUCUAAAAACUGACCAGUUUUACCGUCGUGGACCGAUGAACACUAAAAAAGUUUCAGGAAUAUUAGCGAUUCAAAGUAGAACAAAUAGGUUAUUUAUAUGAUAUAAACCCGAACGCAAAAACGCUUGAUAAAACUAUUUAGAGCAACUGUAAUGCUUCGUUUUUUUAAAAAAACGGUUCAAGCAAUAGCAGCUUCCAGACACAAUGCGAUGUAACUAUGAAGAUAAAACUUGGCAAAAGUAAGCUCUGGCGCUAAUGGAGAAACUAGUCAAGUUCAUGUAAAAAAAAGCAAGUCAUAAGAUGUAUAUACCAGUAAUGGAGGUAUUCCAGGACUAAAAGCCUACACUUCUAUUUACGGGUUGUGCCAAUACCAUGUGACCACAGUAAGUCUAUAGUAGGUUUUAGCCAGCUAAAAAUCCAAAUAAAACCUAACAUUAGAAACAGUC